GGUUGGCGGCGCCCCGUUCCCGCGCAGACGCUGACGAGAGGGACUAAUGCAAAGCGAGGCAGGCAAUGAGCCAGUGAGGCAGGCAGUGAGCCAGUGCGGCAGGCAAAGCCAGCCGCGAAAAGCACCUUUCCCCUCGGGCGCAGCUAUCAUGACGACGGCGACGGCGACCCUUCGCUGCAGUAGUGCCAGUGCCAGUGGCCGUGGUGACGGCCCACUGCCACUGACCUGGCCACUCCACCCCUGCUACGGCGCUACCCAUCCAUCGCUUCGCUUCGCUUGCUUCUCCGACUUGUGCACCCCCACCGCGCGCCACCUUUCGCUUUCGCUUUCCCUUACCCUUUUGCGCCCCGCAUCGCACUUAUCUGCUCGGAGGAUUUGGACGGGGAGCGAGAAAAGCAAAGCGCGCGGGGGAAAGAAAGAACCGAACCGGGCCGUGCCGUGCCAGCCGUGUGGAUGGGCGGUAGGAGUUUGGGAGCUGUAGGUCGUUGACCUCCUCGCCUGGGCAAGGAGAAGGAGAUGCCGUCCCAGAAGCGGGCGGCGGGGCAGGGUGGGUGCGGGUGCUGGGCCGCCGUCGCGCGGGGCCUCCGCGGGGCGUGCCUCCGGCCGGCGGCGACGGAGGACGGUGAUCGGGCGGCCGCGGCCAAGGGCAGCCACGUCCACGACGCAGAGACGAGAUACUUAAAUGCUAGAAAUCGGGAGCUUGGUGAUCAUUUUCAGACAGACCAUGAUGCUGAAAAUGGUGUUGAUGCAUCAAUUGAAAUGAAAACACUGCCCAAGCUACUUCAGUUUACCUUUCAUGAGUUGAAAUCUGCCACCGUUAACUUUAGGCCAGACAGUAUUCUUGGGGAGGGUGGAUUUGGCUACGUCUUCAAGGGGUGGAUUGAGCCAAACAGCACAGCUCCUGCAAAACCUGGCACAGGUGUUACUGUAGCAGUUAAAAGUUUGAAGCCAGAUGCUCUACAAGGUCAUAGAGAAUGGGUGGCAGAAGUUGACUUUCUGGGACAGUUACAUCAUAAACACCUUGUUAAGCUGAUUGGAUAUUGUAUUGAGGAUGAUCAAAGAUUACUUGUAUAUGAAUUCAUGGCCCGAGGAAGUCUUGAAAAUCAUCUUUUCAGAAGGGCUCUUCCCCUACCUUGGUCCAACAGAAUGAAGAUUGCUCUUGGUGCUGCAAAAGGACUUGCCUUCCUCCAUGGAGGUCCCAAACCAGUUAUUUACAGGGAUUUUAAGACAUCGAAUAUUCUUCUUGAUGCGGAGUACAAUGCAAAACUUUCUGAUUUUGGUUUAGCAAAAGCUGGCCCUCAGGGUGAUAAAACUCAUGUCUCUACUCGGGUUGUUGGCACCUACGGUUAUGCUGCACCAGAGUACGUAAUGACAGGGCACUUAACAUCUAAGAGCGAUGUGUAUAGCUUCGGAGUUGUGCUACUCGAGAUGUUAACCGGAAGGCGAUCGAUGGACAAGAAGCGGCCUACUGGGGAGCAGAACCUAGUCGCGUGGGCAAGACCUUAUCUAAACGAUCGGCGAAGGCUCUAUCAGCUCGUAGAUCCUCGCCUGGGACUAAACUAUUCCAUCAAAGGGGUGCAGAAAGUUGCUCAGAUCUGCCACUAUUGCCUUAGUCGUGACACUAAGUCUCGUCCAUCGAUGGAUGAAGUUGUCAAGCAACUCACACCGUUACAGGAUCUAAAUGGCAUGGCAUCUGCAUCAUUCAGGCCUCGGUCAUCUCAGCGUGGUACAUCGGUGACAGCCAGUUCUGUUGUAUCAGAAGCAGCAAUUUUAUGAUUCUUCUCAUUGCUGGAUGCUUGUUUGGUUUAAUUGUAUAGCAAAAUUAGCUUUGAUGUUAAUCUCCAAUAACUGGAGAUGUGACACCCCCAGAUGUCUCGCUCAGAUCAUUCACUCUGUCUGGCUGAUUGCAGAAGCAAGAUAACGACAUAUCUGAUUGCGGUAUGUUGUAAUAAUAAUAAAAGUUCUGAUGGGGGUAGAUCAAUUAGAAUGCUUGAUCGAAACCCAGGCCAGUACUCAUGGAGUUAACUAUGACAGUUGGUCAGUGAGAGUGCUGCUGUGUUUGAUGUUCGGCUGAGGGUAAGUUGAGGGUGUGCUGGUGUCUACAUAUUUUUGGGGAAAGGUGCAGGUGUCCACAUUAAUAUUUUUUUUGUGUGUGUGAUUGUACCUUUUCUCUGUUUCCAUAGUGCAUAGAUGUAUGCUUCAGAUUUAGAUUUUU